AUGAAGAGGAAAACGCAUAGUAAAUACGACGAUGAUGAAGAUAAAAAAAAAAGUGAUACAAAAAAAUAUGAACAAGAUAGGCGAAAAAGACUAAAAGGGGAUGAAAAGAAUAAUGAAAGGAGACAUGGACGAAGAAGUAAUGAUCGAAGGGAUGACAGUAGAAGGUCCCCAAGUUAUACAAACAAAAGCAGGAGCAGAGAAAGACCUCGAAAUCGAAGCCGAGAAAGAGGCAGAAAUAGAAGUAGAGGUAGAAGCAGAGAUAUAUCUCUUAAUGGUAAACGUUCAGGUAGAUAUAAUGAACAUAAUGAUAAUUUUAAUCAAUCACAUAGUGGAAACUAUUCCAAACGUAAUACAAAAAAAAGAAGCCGAAGUAGAGCAAGUAGCCAAAGUGAUAGCCAUAGUAGGCGACACAGCAAAUAUAGCAAUAAAUAUGACGAUGAUAAAAAAUUAAUAAAUCCUUCAAAACAUGAUAACAAAAAUUAUAGUAGAAAUCGAAAUUAUAAUCAAAGUGUAAGUAAUAGUGUUAGUAGAAAAGGUACAGCAAAUUAUUCUCAUAAUGAAUAUCAAAUGGAAGGUGAUCAAAAUUAUUAUGAAUAUUCAAAUAAUUUUAGACAAGACUCAUAUUAUAAUAAAAAUGGAAAUGAUCCCAAUAGAUUAAGUCCACAUGAUGAUACUAUUGAAGAUGAUAAAUAUAACGAAGGAAAUAAUAAUAAAAAAAAAAAAAAUAAACAUGGAAAAAAUAAUAACAAUAUGAAUAUAGCAAAUCCAAAUCAUAUACCAAUUUAUAAUAAUGGAAAUUCAAUAGAUGGAACUGGUUAUGAUAAAAUUGGAUCAGCAAAUAAUAAUAUUAACAACAAUGCAACUAGCUAUAUGCAUUAUAAUAAUAUGUCUCAUCCUAUGUAUAUGAAUAACACAGUUCCUAACGAUGCAAAUUUUGAAUCCAACAUGAGUGUCGAUGGGAAUAUAUAUAAUGACCAUAUGACCAAUCCAAUGUCAAAUGCCAAUAAAAUAAUUCCACCUAUGAAUAAUCCAAAUUUAAUAAAUCAACAUCAACCAAAUAUGAUGGUCCCUCCCCCACCAUCCUCAGAUGGAACAUUUUAUAAUAACAUGAACAUGCCUCAUCCUAAUUCUAGAAAGCCUUUAGUUUUAAUACCAAAUGAUAAUCAAAUGAAGAUGGGUAGUAAUCCUCCAGGUUUUGUGGGUCCUCCUGAUUCUAUACCAAAUCAUCCAAACAUGUUAAACAACAUGAACAUGUCAGGUGGAAUGAACAUGCCCAAUGGGUUCAAUCCAAUGGGAGGAGAUAUAGAUAUGAAGGAUCUAAAAUUUGAAAAUCAAGGAUUAAACAUGAAUAAUAAAAAUUUAAUGAAUAAUAUACCACCACCUCCAGAUUCAGAUGUAAAGAAAAAUAUUAUCAUGCCACCAAGUGCCCCACCAUAUAAUGAAAAUAAUUUAGCAGGUCCAGGAAAUAUAAAUAGAUUUGCCAAUAACAAUAUUAGAAAUAUAGUUCCACCACCUUAUGGUAAUAUUGUAGAUAAUAAUAUGAUGAAUCAAAAUAAUAAGAAUAUAUCAAACCCUAACUAUAUACCAUUAAAUAUGCAACCUAAUAUGCCACCAAAUAGUAUGAAUAUGCAAAAUAAUUAUUUAAAUAAUACUGAUUCUAUGGGUAAUCCUACAUCUAAUAUAAAUCCUAAUGAGAUGAACCCAAAUUCUGGAUUAAAUAUGUACGAUGAUAAAAAAUAUGAUAACCCAAAUUUUAUUAUGAUGCAACAUGGAGAAGUAGAUGGAAUGAGAAUGAUAAAUAAUAUGAAUCCAUCAAAUGGUAUGUUAAUGAACAACUCAGCAAAUUAUGAAGAAGGUGAAAGAGAUGAAUAUGAUGAAGAGGAUAGUGAACAAAACUAUCAAAAUAAUUUAAGUUAUCAAAAUAAACCUCAACUUACAAGAGAAGAAAAAUUAAAUGAAUGGUUAGAGACACAAUUAAAUAAGCAAACAAAUAUUGUACACGAUGCAAUACAUCUAAUUUUGUUAAUAUCCUCUAUAUCAAAAAAAAAUUCUACGAAAAUAAAUCGACAAAAAAAAACUCAUACCAAUUUAAUGUCACAUCUAACAAAAUUUUGUGAUAACACAGUUUUGAAUCAUUUGAUAGAAAAUCUGAAUUGUUCAGAAAAAAGUGACAAUUUUUUAUUUAAAGAAAAGUUAUCAUAUAAAUUGUUGCAAAUGAAAAAUAUAAAUAAAGAAAGGAAAAAUGCUGAUAAUGCUGAGGUUAAUCAAAAUUUAGAUUUUGAUGCACAGGAGGAUGAUAACAUGUUAGAAAAACUUAGAGAAUAUAUUUUGUCAAAUCAUAGAAAAAAUAAUGACAUAAAUAACAAUGAAAAUGAUAUAGAUGACACAACAAACAAGCUUAACUUGCCAACCAAUUUAGAUGAUCCAUUUGAUGAGCUUGAUGAAGAUACUCAAGAGAAUUUAUUUGAACCUGUACAAAGUAAAGAGACAGAAUCUAAAGAAGCUAGUGCUAACAAAAAUGACGAACAUAAUCAAGAUGAUGAAGAAAAUAAAAAUAGCUUUUUCUUAAAUAUUAUGAAAUCCAAAUUGGGAGGUACUUAUUCAAUUUUCUCCAAAUUUAGCAAUAAGGAAAAUAUACAAGAUGAAGACAAAACAAUAAUUGAAAAAAAUGAAGAAGACCCUUCAAACGAGCCACUUCAAAAUAAUAACAAGAAUCUUAUCGAUCUUAUAAAAAUAAAUGAUUAUGAAACAUUUGACUAUAAACAAUAUCUAGCAUCAAUACUAAUAAAUAAAAUAUGUAAAAAAAAUAAUUUUAAUUAUAAAAAUAUUUUACUUGAUGAACUUUCUAAUAUAUCAUCAGACAGUUUAUUUUUUUUAAAUAAUUAUAAUAUUACUUCAGAUGAUUUUGUUAAUUUAUACUAA